UUAGCUGAUCCAAAAAGAAAGAAAGCACUAAACCACGUGUCAUCUUCUCAUCCCUCUCCUCCUCCGCCGGAAUCGCAUUUUCUCCGGACCUCCGAUUAAUACCGGAGUUCAAGAGUCCGACAUAAUUCUCGGAGCAUCCAGCUUUCCCCUUUAAUAACCACUCAUGUCUCCCUUCCCCUUUCCACUCCUCGUUGUCUUCCACUUUUUUAACUUUAUCCUUUUCCCAGGGUACUGGGAAACGAAACCAAUCGAGAAACGAUGGGGAAAAGUUCCAGCGCGAUGCGGUUGUUGCGGUGGGUGGUGCAGUGCGUCGCACUCCUCCUCCUCACCCCCGCCGCUGCAGUAUUGGGAGAGGUCAUUAAUCUCGCCCAAAGUGGAACGUACGGCUACACCAAAAUCUACGACAUCACCAGCAAGAUUGCCGUUGGCAUGACAACUUGGGACGGUGAUAAAGGCAUGCCAGAAGAGAAGUUGCGAUUCAUCGAUACAAAUGGCGAAUCGGUGUACAAAUUCUCCACUCACAUGGGGACUCACUCCGAUGCCUCUUGUCAUGUAUUUUCGAACAUGUCGUCCUACGAUGCCAACUCACUUAAUCUCGAAACUCUCAACGGUCUGGCGUUGGUGAUGGAUGCUCCUAGGAACAAGGACUUAACUGCUGAAGUUCUGAAGUCCAUGAACAUCCCUAAAGGAGUCAAACGCCUGCUUUUCAGGACAGAGAACACACACAGGAGUCUGAUGCUUCAACCUGCUUUCGCCCGUGACUAUGUUGCACUCAACACUGAUGGGGCAGAGUGGUUGGUGGAAAAUACUGAUAUCAAACUUAUUGGAAUGGAUUAUCUGUCUGUUUCUGUAAUGGAAGAAACAAAGCAGGUUCAUGAGGUUUUGCUGAAAAGGGGGGAUUUGAUUCCCGUGGAGGGCUUGGUGCUUAAUGAUGUUAGUCCAGGAGAAUACAUGCUUCACUGCGCGCCUUUAAGGAUCCCUGGGGCUGACGGAUCACCCACAAGGUGCAUCCUUACGCAGUGAUCACUUUCUGCAUGAUAAAUGUAACUUGAAAUGUAUAAUUCAUUCUGUAAGUUUGUGUGGCUAUAUAAUCAAUAGGCAAUGUGUCUAUGUGAACAUGAAUAAUCUUGAAGGUACUCCAGGAUGCAAAAUUGGAGAAGUUUUUAACUUUUAAUGGCAACCAAUUUUCUUUUUCUUAUUAUUAAUAUAACUCAUUACAUAACUAUCUGUAAAUGUUUACGGUAGAAAUUAUGUCCUUCAUGAAUAUGAUAAAGUAAAAAUGGCAAUAAUGCUA